GCAGCAGCAAAUAGAAAAAUUAGCCAUUUUUCAUGGUCGCUCGAGGAAUCUGAGGUCCGCCAUUAAAAUCAACUCCACAAAGCUUAAAAUUAAAUUAAUAGUUGCCAGUUGCCGCUGAGAGAGAGAAAAGGAAGGGAAGACUGAGGAGGGUUUUUGCAAAUGGGAGACGAGAAGAAGCCCAAAUCCGUCGGAGUUUGGCCUACCGUGAAGCCCUUCAUCAAUGGAGGGGUAUCUGGUAUGCUCGCGACUUGCGUCAUCCAACCCGUCGAUAUGAUCAAGGUGAGAAUUCAGCUGGGUCAGGGUUCGGCAGGCGAGGUAACCAGGAACAUGCUUAAGGCGGAGGGAGUUGGUGCUUUCUACAAGGGUCUCUCUGCUGGGCUUCUUAGACAAGCUACCUAUACCACUGCACGACUUGGAUCAUUCAAGAUUUUGACAAACAAAGCAAUUGAAGCCAAUGACGGCAAGCCCCUUCCUCUGUAUCAAAAAGCUUUAUGUGGGUUAACUGCUGGUGCUAUUGGAGCGUCUUUCGGUAGUCCUGCAGAUUUGGCACUUAUCCGAAUGCAGGCCGAUGCCACCCUGCCGGCUGCACAACGUCGAAACUACAAAAAUGCAUUCCAUGCACUAUAUCGAAUUGUUGGAGACGAGGGUGUUUUGGCUCUCUGGAAAGGUGCUGGUCCAACAGUAGUGAGAGCAAUGGCACUGAAUAUGGGCAUGCUUGCCUCCUACGAUCAAAGUGUCGAGUUUUUCAAGGAUAACCUUGGUUUCGGUGAAGCUACAACGGUCCUAGGUGCAAGUGCUGUUUCAGGAUUUUGUGCCGCAGCUUGCAGUUUGCCAUUUGAUUAUGUGAAGACCCAGAUCCAGAAAAUGCAGCCUGAUGCUGAGGGCAAGCUUCCUUACUCUGGCUCUCUGGAUUGUGCCAUGAAGACCUUGAAAUCUGGCGGACCCUUCAAAUUUUACACGGGUUUCCCUGUGUACUGUGUUAGGAUUGCUCCACAUGUCAUGAUGACAUGGAUUUUCCUCAACCAAGUUCAAAAGUUCGAGAAGUCCAUCGGACUAUGAGGUCCAGAAUGAUGGGGAUUCCCACUGGACCUGCACAAUCUUAAGGAAACAUUUUUUCCGCCCGUUUUGGGACUACCGUGCCUGUAAACGUCAGACUUCUUCUUAUUCUUACUUUUACUUUUGUCGUAAGAUCAUUGUAGUAGGCUGAAUUGCACCGAUUGAUUUCGGGUUGUGAUUGGAUAUAGGGUAGUUAAAGAAAGAGCAUAAAAAUCCCGUUGAAGUAUUUUUGGUUAGGGAAUCAGUGGGAGGACACUGAUUUUGAGCAAAAUAAAAUUUGGGGCACUCUCUUCUUAAUGACAGAAGGGAUUCUGACAUCAGUUUUGUUAGAACUUUGUUGUCAUAUUUUUGGGAGUGGAGGUUGCCUCAACUUCUCAUAGACCAUUAAUUUUUUUGCAAUGUAUUUGGUAAUUUUACCUAUAGUAUUGAUAAAGUUUCAUUAGAGGACUUUUUUGCUA